CAGAAGAAGACGAAGGAGUUUUCUGUGUUGACGGAGCGAUCAGUGGGCAGCUGUUGGAUUGACGAAGUCGUGAUUUAUUUGGGAAUCUAUCAGAUGUGAUCAAACUUUUACGAUCAUUUAAAAGCUAAAACUCUAAAGUAGAGGAAAAUGCAGGAUGACGCGCGGUACCUCAAACGCAAAGUGACAGCAGGCAGUUUGGAUGUCCAUCCCACAGAGAAGGCCUUGGUGGUCCACUAUGAAGUGGAGGCGUCCAUUCUGGGAGAGGAUGGAGGUCCAAUGCUGGGGGAACGCAAGGAGGGCCAAAAAAUUAUCCGUGUGAAAAGCCUCUGUCUUACGACAGAUGUGGCAGCUUUGGCCAGGAAAGUGGUGGAGGAGUGUAAACUCAUCCCUGCCUCCCGUUUGCCCCAGGUGGAGCACCUGCUCUACUACCUGCAGAACAGGAAGUCAUCCCCUGUGGAGGGGAAAGUGGAGAAGAAAGAGAAAAGAGCAGUGAAGCCCAAAGACCUGACACCGUUUGAAGGAAUGGAGUUAAACGAGGAAGCCAGUAUAACCAGAAUGGAAGAGUAUGUUGAGCUGCUCUAUGAAGGCAUCCCAGAGAAGAUCAGAGGCUCUGCUCUGAUUUUGCAGCUCGCCCGCAACCCCGACAAUCUGGAGGAGCUGUUGCACAACGAAGCUGCUCUGGGUGCUCUGGCCAGAGUACUGAGGGAGGACUGGAAACAGAGCGUAGAUUUGGCUACCAGCAUCAUUUACAUCUUCUUCUGCUUCUCCAGUUUCUCUCAGUUUCACACGGUGGUGAGUCACUAUAAAAUAGGAGCGUUGUGUAUGAGCGUGGUGGAGCAUGAGCUGAAGAGGUAUGACGUGUGGCGCGAGGAGCUGCGCAAGAAAAGCAAGGCUUGUGAGUCAGCACCAGAAAAUGGCUCUCUAAGAAGAGACCAGGACAAAGCGCUGAGGAAAUACCAAGGCCUUCUGGCUAAGCAGGAGCAGCUUCUCAGAGUAUCUCUUUACCUCCUGCUGAAUCUCGCAGAGGACACGAGGACGGAGCUGAAGAUGAGAAACAAAAACAUCGUGGGACUGCUGGUCCGAGUUCUCGAGCGGGAGGAUGAGGAGCUGUUGGUGCUGGUGGUUUCGUUCCUAAAAAAGCUGUCCAUCUUCCUGGAAAAUAAGAAUGACAUGGCUGAACUUGACACUGUGGAGCGUCUGCUGCGUCUUGUUCCCUGUGACCACGAGGACUUGCUAAAUCUAACUCUGCGGUUGCUGCUCAACCUCUCUUUUGACUCGGGACUCAGAGCCAAGAUGGUGGAAGUCGGGCUCUUGCCUAAACUGACGGCAUUGUUGGGUGAUGAGAGCAACCGGCAGGUGGUGAUGCGCAUCCUGUACCACGUCAGCAUGGACGACCGCUUCAGAGGCAUGUUUGUUUACACCGACUGCAUACCUCAGCUAAUGCAGAUGCUGUAUGACCACGGCGGGGAGGACAUUGAGGCUGAGCUCAUCUCCAUCUGCAUCAACUUGGCUGCAAACAAAAUGAACGCACAGCUCAUGUGUGAAGGAAACGGACUGAAGAUGUUAAUGAAGAGAGCUCUAAAAACUAAAGACUGCCUUCUUAUGAAGAUGAUCAGAAACAUCUCCCAGCAUGAUGGCCCAACUAAACCACUGUUUAUCGACUACGUUGGUGACCUGGCGGCAGAGAUCCGUACCGAGGAAGAGGAGGAGUGGGUGCUGGAGUGUCUGGGCACGCUGGCCAACCUGACUAUCCCUGACCUCGACUGGGAAUUAGUGCUGAAGGAGUAUAACUUGGUGCCUUUUCUCAAAGACAAACUCAAACCAGGUUCAGCAGAGGAUGACCUCAUCCUGGAGGUGGUCAUAAUGAUUGGAACGGUUUCCAUAGAUGAUGCCUGCGCUGUAAUGUUGGCCAAAUCUGGCAUUAUCCCUGCCCUUAUUGAGCUGCUCAAUGCACGCCAGGAGGACGAUGAGUUUGUGUGUCAGAUUGUGUAUGUCUUCUACCAGAUGGUCUUUCACCAAGCGACUCGAGACGUCAUCAUCAAAGACACCCAGGCUCCAGCUUACCUGAUUGAUCUGAUGCACGACAAGAACACGGAGAUUAGGAAAGUGUGUGACAACACUCUCGACAUCAUUGCUGAGUACGACGAGGAGUGGGGGAGGAAGAUCCAGUCUGAGAAAUUUCGUUUCCACAACAAUCAGUGGCUGGAGAUGGUCGAGAGUCGCCAGGUUGAUGAGCCUGAAGCUUAUCUCUAUGAUAACGACAAUGACAGGACGGAUCUAUUCUACAGCGCAGAUGGAAUAACUCCAGGAGAUGGUUCAGUAAGCCCAGACUUCUUCAGUGACCUGCAGUCUCAGAAUGGGGACUCGCACCAUGCAGGAGACGUCAACGAUGUCUUUGACCAGACCAGCUCAUCGACGGGACGACCAGCCACAGCUUAUGGCUUCAGACCAGAUGAACAGCCGUUCUAUCAGUACUCAUAGACUGACUCAUCCCACGUUCAUUUCUAAUCAUCCUGCAUGCCCAUCUCUUCACUGCUUCAAUCUGUGUUGUCAUGACUGAACUUCUUGUAGCUCUUUAGAAAGUGGCUGCAUGUGGUGACAUACAUUAUCUACUGUUGGCAAGGACUAAACCAUUAAUUCUGCUUUUGUGAGUUCACCUUUUUUAUUAUCUUUAAUUUAUUAUUAUCAUAAGAAGAGUUGUCUUCCUUUUUCUGAUUGUCUUAGCAAAUAAUUAACACUAUGAAAGGACACAUAUGUUUUUAGGUCUGCAUGUUUUUAACUAUGUAAUAGUAUUUAUUACUAUUUAAAAGCUUCUAAAAAUGGAAAAAAAAAUCAUCCUUUUUGAAUUUGACUUUGAUUUGGUUCCUCUAACAUUUAAUAUUAAAGUUGUCUUAUAAACAUGCACUAACGUAUGCACAUAUUUGACUGUAGCUCUUAACAUAACCGUGGUAGGAUUGGUCUAAAGCAGGCUUUACCUCAUUCAGUAACUUUAGUUGUAGUAGUCCAUACUGAACAGAAACAGAAAAUAAAAACACAAAAAAUGAAAUGAGAUCUUGAAAACCAUCUAAAUGAGUGCAAAUUAAUUGCAAGCAGCUCUGGUUUUGCAUUGCCUCUUGUACCCAUUUCCCUGCUGCAAAGAUGCAGAAACUUGAAUCUUUAUUGUACGUUUAAUGCAAAAUAAAUCAGCUCCAACAGUGACUCAAGUUGCAUCAUAUGCAGAAAUUUACCAGCUCUCAAACAAGAGAAUGAAGGCUUGCAUUUCUAAAUCCCCAGAAACAAAGAGUGAAAAGUAUCAUUAAUGCUUGUCCUAAUCUGUUCUAGUCUUAGAUCUGAGCACUGCAGUGAAAUACAGGCUCCAGUUAGGACUGAAACCGGAUAGUUUGGCUUCAGAUUGAAAUCUUAAAAUGCUGUGCCAGUGCACAGCUUUGGUCUAUAAGUUUACCUCAAACCACAGCAGUAUUGUUUUUCACUACAUGGGAAAUUUACAUCCCUGUAUCUGCAGAGGUGGGAUAUCUGUGUCCAAUGAAUUCUUAACAAAAUCAUGCUUGUGACCCGAUACUGCAUCCGUCACUGUGGACAACACUGCGGUGCAGCAUCCAUAAGAGAAGGCCACCCAAUAGUUAUGCCAUAAGGAUGGUCCCACAAGAACUGUAAGAAAACACUGUCAAAAGUUAUUUUUAGGCAUAAUUUGCACAUAUCGUUUCAAUUCAGUGCGUGUUUUUAUAUUUUUAUGUAAAUUAUUGUUUUUUUGUAACUGGUUUCUUUGUGGCUGUUGAAAAAUAUGUGAAGUAGAAUUACUAUCUGUCACCGUUACUGUCACCCAACUUAUGGUUUCUUUAAUAAAACGAAAUACACGUGACGUAUCUCA